CUCACGCCCGGAAGUGAUAACAACCUGCUCGGUCAGUCGGGGAAUGAAUUAGUUAUUGUCAGACACCGGCUGCGGGACGAUGUUGGAGGUCGGAGGAAGCCACUUGCUUCAAGACGACGCUGAGAAUGACGCCACAGAAGAUGGAGUCGCGCCGCCGGCUCCUGCCGCGUCAGAUCGAUUGAGCCCUUCCCUGAGUAACGGAAGGAAGAGCAAAUUGAUUCUUCACGUGGACCUGAAUGAGACGAUUUUGGCGUCUGACGAGGCGUUGAGUCGCAGGACGGUGGCGUCUCUGGACUGCUUUCUCGCCACUGUCACUUGGGGCACGGUGAAGCACGGAAAGUGGGAGUGGCUCAGUGACGCGCCGUCUCUUCAUCCACCAUGCGGGGGCGCUGUGACCUACCACAGCCACCACAGGCAGGUGCACAAGUUCACCUCCAACGCUGGGAAGCGUUUCCGCGGCGUCCUGGAUGAGCACCUGAGGCUCCUCCGCUGGCCCGAGGGCGUGAAGGAGGACAAGGAGCUAUGCAUGAAGGCCGAGGACGGACAUCUGUACCACUGGAUCCUCCCGUCCUUCUUCCAGCUCCUCCAGGACCUGGUGCGGGAGGGACGCGACUUCGCCGUGGUCUUCCGCACCUUUGGGGUGGACUUGCCUCGAGUCCUGAGUGCUUUAUCCCGAUCCGUGCUGGAGGGCGCUCACCCCUUGUUCCCUGAUCUCCCUGACCUGAAGGAGCAGCUGCGCGUGAACCCAGCUCAGGGAAAGAUCCGCUGCAGCCCGAAGGGAGUCGCUGUGACGCGAGGAGAGGAGCGUGUGUCCAGUCGCGACGGGGACCGAAGCUUGUACCAGUACUUCAGCUCGGCUGAGGGGCUCGGAGGCUUCCAGGAUGAUUACAACUGGUGGACAAUGAACCGCAGCACCGGAGGGAAGCCGCUGUGGGUCGACCCCUUCGAUCAGGACGUCCAGCACAUCUUCCUGGACGACAACAUCCGACUCAGCGACAAGGACAGCGUGGUGAAUGCCAAGGUUUUCACAGACCCUGGUGGGAGUGACACUCGGGAAGCAAGCGUCCCCGAGCUGUAUGACAUCUCCUUGAUCCAAAUGGACCUCCUGCAGGCCAUUUCUGACCCCCACUACUUCACCAAGCGCAUCCACAUCUGUGAGGAGAACUACGCCAGGAACGUCCAGCAGGUGGCGUAGGCUGCUUCACCCCUCCCCCCCCCCCGUGAUAGUAUUUUGAGCAAUGAAGACCUCAAAAAAGUACUUAUUGAAAUAUUUAUAUUAUUAAAGGAAUGGAAGAAAAGCAGUGUUUUGCUCUGAUCAUUUUGAAUGAGAUUUUAGAACCUUGAACCUUUUGUAUUCGACAGAUUACAACGACUUUUACU